AUGUGUGUGUGUGUGUGUUGUGUUUGCUUUUCCUGAUGUUUAAGGUCAUUUUUAUUUUUUCACUCUUUACACAGAGGACGUAAUAAUAAUAACCCACCGCCAUGAGUCGGACCACCUUUUUUGAGGUGAGAGUCCUGGACGCCAAGACCAAAGAGCAGCUGUGUUUUUUAGAUAAGGUGGAGCCCUACUCAACAAUAGGAGACAUCAAGAGCCUUUUUCACAAAUCAUAUCCUCACUGGUAUCCAGCCAGACAGGCCCUGAGGCUUGAUCCCAAGGAAAAAUCACUCCGAGAUGACGAAAUCUUACAGAAUCUACCAGUUGGGACGACUGCCACCAUGUACUUCAGAGAUCUGGGUCCACAGCUAGGCUGGACUAUGGUGUUCCUGGCAGAGUGCAUCGGGCCCCUCCUCACCUACCUCCUCUUCUACUGUCGACUACCUUACAUUUACUCACACAGACAUGCCUUCACCUCCAGUCCACACGCUGUUGUCAGACUAGCCUGUGCCUGUCACACCUUCCACUAUAUGAAGAGGUUGAUAGAGACAAUCUUUGUGCAUCGUUUCUCCCACGGGACGAUGCCUCUCAGGACCAUAGUCAGGAAUUGUGCCUAUUACUGGGGUUUCUCAGCUUGGUUGGCUUACUAUAUAAACCACCCUCUUUAUACACCUCCAUCAUAUGGAGAACUACAAGUAAACUGUGCAUUAGUCAUACUGGUGAUGUGUGAACUGGGAAACUUCUCCAUUCACUUGACUCUCAAUAAUCUGAGAGGAGAGGGAUCCAAGGUCAGACGGUUUCCUGCACCAACAAAGAACCCCUUCACAUGGCUGUUUUUCUUUGUAUCUUGUCCAAAUUACACUUAUGAGGUUGGAGCUUGGGUGAGCUUCUCCAUCAUGACUCAGUGUCUGCCAGUGGCCUUGUACACAUUGCUGGGCUUCAUCCAGAUGAGCAUCUGGGCCAGAGGGAAGCACCGAGCCUACAGCAGGGAGUUCAAGGACUACCCCAGCCUGCGGAUGGCCAUCAUCCCUCUGAUCCUCUGAUCAAACAUCAACUACUGCAGACAAUAUUCACUGAAACAAAGACGUUUGCUGCUGCCGAGGCCAGCACUAUGCAAGAUUUAUAUGAACUGAAAGGAGUGGGAAUAGAGCAAUAAUAUUAUGGCAAUACACUGGAGCUUUGAGAACAUUUCCAUUGUGUUUUAUUUAGUUUCUUCCUACACUGCAAAAAAAGAAAAGUUGGGUGAACUCAAAAUUUCAAGGCAACAAACUUCGAUAAAAUUUUAAGUUGGACAAUUAAACUAAAUAUUUUAAGUUUUGUUUUUGAGUUUGCUCAACUCUGAAUUCAGAUUUUUGAACUUAUAAUUUUACAUUGUAAUAACUUUUAAUGCUUACUUCUGCUAACUUCUGCAAUGUGCUGAAUUGGCACGAUUGUAUCGCCGCUAUGAAAUGUCAGCUAAUGUUGAGACCACAUUUUUGAGUUAGCAUUGAUACGCUAAUGGCUACUCUUGUAGCUGUAACAAGCAGCGCCGCUAGCAUCAGUUAGCCGCUAGCUUUCGCUAAUGAGCUAUAGCUAAUGAGCCCCUUACUGUCUAAUCUCAGGUUUUAUUAAACUGUUAAAUACUCUUUUGUAAUCUCAAGAUAUUUUAGUAAAAAACAAAUCAAAUGGGAGGAAAAAGGGCCACAUCUUAAGGAAAAAA